AUGCCUCGAAGAAUCAUCUCUGACAACGAGCGAGCAUUCAAAAGCUUCAAGGUUGGAAGGUUUGCUCAGCAUCACAAAAUAGAUUGGAGGUAUUCCUUAAUCUAUAAUGCUAGAGCAAAUGGUCUCGCAGAAGUAUUCAACAAAACAUUAUCUAAAUUAUUGAAGAAAGCAGUUUCAAAAAGUCAAAGGGAUUGGGACAAAAGGCUUCCUGAAGUUUUAUGGGCAUACUGGACAACGUAUCGAACGCCAACUCAAUCAACACCGUACUCGUUGGUUUUUGGUAUAGAAGUUGUUCUGCCACUUGGAGUACAGAUUCCAUCUCUAAGAAUUGCCUUACAGAAUGAACUCACAAAUGAAGACAAAGUUCGCUUGCAUUUGGAUGAACUUGAUUCUUUAGAUGAAAUGAGAAAUAGAGGCUCAAUAGAAUCUUGA